AUGGGUAACUCUACCCCAUUUGAAGCAGAGGCAUGGGCACUCCUCAAAGGAAUACAACUAGCAGCUCAUACAGGUUACAAAAAGGUGAUACUCGAAUCAGACUCUACCAUGGUGGUCAAUUACAUGCUUAAUAAAAGAAGACCAUCAACAGUUGCACAUAAUAUUCUUGAAGGGUGCAAAAAGGAGUUAAAGGUAUUUGAUGCAUGGAAACUUUCAGCCAUACCUCGAGAACAAAAUAAUGCAGCCGACAGUUUAGCCAAAAUUGCUAGGAAUUUCCCAAAGGGCAUCCAUAUCUUAGAUAGCCCUCCUGAGGUGAUGAAGAGUAUAUUAGAGGAUGAUAUUGAGGGACGGCCUGUUUGGCGUCACAUUUGUAACACAAACUAA